AUGGAAAAGGUCCCCAUCCCGGUGCCGUUUCCUCCUCCGGCCGCCGUUGACGACGUUGAUUCGACUCUCGGCAAAGACGAUGACGUCCCUGUCCACUAUGGCACCGCCAUGAGCCCGCUCGAAAAGCAGCUCCUCUGGAAACAAGACAUGCGCAUCAUUCCGCUAUCGGCCGCCAUCUACUUCCUCUCCUUCCUCGACCGAACCAACAUCGGAAACGCCAUGAUCCUCAACUCGUCGACCAACAACGAUAUGCAGCGCGAAACGAACAUGUCCGACCACCAGUUCAUAAUCUCCCUCAUGGUCUUCCUCGUCUCUUACGCCGUCUUCGAAGUUCCGAGCAAUAUGCUUCUCAAGAAGUUGCGCCCCAGCCGAUGGCUCGCCUUUCUCAUGUUCUGCUGGGGUGCCAUGACGAUCUUGACGGCUGCGACGAAGAACUUUGGCAGCGUCGUGGCUGUGCGCUUUCUAUUGGGUACAUUUGAGGCUGGGUUGUUUCCUGGACUGGUGUUUUAUCUUACUUUCUGGUACAAGCACGAUGAGCGUAGUGUUCGUGUUGCUUUUAUUCUUGCAUCUGCAACUCUUGCUAGCGCAUUUGGCGGCGCAAUCGCGUAUGGCAUCGGCCACAUGAACGGCACAGCUGGCCUCUCCGGCUGGCGCUGGCUGUUCAUCAUUGAGGGUAUCCCGUCUUGUCUCGCUGCCUUCCUGGUUCUUUUCUUCUUGCCCGAUUAUCCGGAGCGUGCAAAGUGGUUAUCUGAAGCAGAGAAGGAUAUGGCUAUUCACCGGUUGUACUAUGAGGGCUCUAAGGAAUCACACCCGACCAUGAACUGGACUGAGGCCAAGGAAACCCUGAUGGAUUGGAGACUCUAUGCUCACUAUGCUAUUUACUUUGCAUCUGGGCCUGCAUUUGCUAGCUUAAGUUUGUUUGCGCCAUCAAUUACUGUUGGCCUGGGAUAUUUCGACUUGAAGGCGCAGCUGAUGACCGUUCCUCCGUGGGCCAUCGCUUAUGUAUGUCAAGUUUUGGUGGCUUGGUCGGCAGAUCACUUCAACGCUCGAGGCGUUCACACAGCCAUGGCUGCAACCGUUGGCGCUGUUGGCUUCAUUAUAUCAGCCGCCCUCCCUGCAGAUCAAUACGCAGGCCGAUAUGGAGGUUUGAUCAUGGCAACAGCCGGCUCGUUUGCGUGUAUGCCACCUAUGCUUGGAUGGCUCAGUUCCAAUGUUUUUACGACGGCCUCUACAGGUCUUGCCAUUGCGCUCAACGUCAGUCUCGGCGGAGGCAUCGGACAGAUCCCGGGUGUGUGGAUUUAUCAGACAUCGGAGCGACAGGGAGGUUUCACAACAGGGCACUGGGUCAAUGCGGCUCUGCUGCUGUUUGUGGCGGUCGUGGCACUGGGUCUAAGACUGUUCUAUGGUUGGAAGAACCGGCAGUUGAAGACAUAUGCCGAGCUGAACGGGGUACCUUAUCGAUGUUACAAAUUGUAG